UUUCAAUGUUAGGAGAUGCACUUCUUCCCUGUUGCUGCUGCCUCAAUAUAACUGUUUCAGUAAGUGUUCUGCUUAUCAAGAGAAAGGAGAGUGUUUUCAGAUAUUGUGAGUGAGUACUCAGUUUUUGUUUGCAUAUAGAUUAAGAAGAAGAAAGUUGACCCAAAGCUCUUGUAGAGGUCAUCUAAUCUGUUUGGUUGAGAAGAUCUGUCCUCCCACAGACUCACCUUCGGCACUAUAAAGGAAUACCUCUUCCUGAUGACAAGCUCUCUUUGCAGCGUUACCUCACCCUUGGUCAUUCUAGAAGCAACAUCUUCUAUUACAAAAAUUUAGGAACUACAUUGGAAAUUAGAGUGCUGUUUGCAUAGGCCAGAUCUUUGGACUACUACCUGCCAGAAAACCCAGGGCAUUCACAAUGAGCAUUAGUGAAGACGACGUGGAGAAGUUUCUUGAUGGCAACCCUACUUUUGCAAAGCAGUACUUUGAGAAGAAACUAAGAACAGAGUCCUGGGAUAGCAAUGAGGGUGAAAUCCUUUUUGAGUUGAUCCAAGACAUGCAAGAAAGCAUCAACAUGGAGAAAGUUGUUUUCAAGACCUUGAGAAGAAUCAGGUCCCUUAUUCACGCUGACCGUUGUAGUCUUUUCAUGUACAGGCAGAGAAAUGGCACGCCUGAACUGGCAACAAGGCUUUUCAACAUCCAAGAGGGAAGCACCCUGGAGGAAUGCCUGGUCUCCCCAGACUGCGAGAUUGUCUAUCCACUGGACAUAGGCAUUGUGGGCUAUGUUGCACAAACCAAGAAAACCAUGAACAUCAAGGAUGUCAGUGAGUGUGCCCAGUUCAGUCCAUUUGUUGAUGAGCUCACCAACUACACUACGAAAAGCAUCCUUGCAACACCCAUCUUGAAUGGCAAAGAUUUAGUUGCUGUCAUUGUGGCUAUUAAUAAGCUGAACGGCCCACACUUCACCAGCUCUGAUGAAACACUUUUUCUGAAGUACUUGAAUUUUGCCUCCUUGAACUUGAAAAUUUAUCACUUGAGUUAUCUUCACAAUUGUGAGACUCGAAGAGGCCAGGUGCUGUUGUGGUCGGCUAAUAAGGUUUUUGAGGAACUGACAGACAUCGAGAGGCAGUUCCACAAAGCUUUUUACACAGUGAGAGCAUACCUGAACUGUGACCGGUACUCAGUAGGUCUCCUGGACAUGACGAAGCAGAAGGAAUUUUUUGACCUGUGGCCAGUCCAGCUGGGAGAAGUUCCCCCCUACUCAGGACCUCGCACCCCCGAUGGCCGAGAAAUAGUCUUCUACAAGGUCAUCGAUUAUAUAUUACAUGGAAAAGAAGACAUUAAAGUCAUCCCAAAUCCUACCCCAGAUCACUGGGCACUAGUUACUGGACUGCCAACCUAUGUGGCUGAAAGUGGAUUUAUUUGCAACAUUAUGAAUGCUGCUGCAGAUGAGAUGUUUAACUUUCAGGAAGGUCCUCUAGAUGAAUCAGGAUGGACUAUCAAAAACGUUCUCUCCAUGCCAAUAGUCAACAAAAGGGAAGAAAUUGUUGGCGUUGUCACAUUUUAUAACAGAAAAGAUGGGAAACCGUUUGAUGAACAGGAUGAGACUCUCAUGGAGUCCUUGACACAGUUCCUGGGUUGGUCUGUACUCAACACAGACACAUAUGAUAAGAUGAACAAGCUGGAGAACCGGAAGGACAUUGCUCAGGAUAUGGUGCUUUACCAUGUGAAAUGUGACAAGGAUGAAAUACAGGAAAUUCUGCCAACAAGAGAAAAGCUGGGGAAAGAGCCAAGCGAGUGUGAGGAAGAGGAGCUGGCAAGCAUCCUGAAAGAAGAACUCCCGGGGCCCACCAAGUUUGAAAUCUAUGAGUUCAGGUUCUCUGAUUUUGACUGCACUGAGCUGGAGCUGGUGAAGUGCGGCAUUCAGAUGUACUACGAGCUCGGCGUGGUGAAAAAGUUCCAGAUCCCACAGGAGGUUCUGGUAAGGUUUGUGUACUCAGUCAGCAAAGGCUAUCGGAAAAUAACUUACCACAACUGGCGCCAUGGCUUCAACGUCGCGCAGACGAUGUUCACUCUCCUGAUGACUGGCAAACUGAAGCGUUAUUACUCAGACCUUGAAGCCCUUGCAAUGGUAACUGCUGCUCUGUGCCACGAUAUUGACCACAGGGGAACCAACAACCUUUAUCAAAUGAAAUCUCAAAAUCCUUUAGCUAAACUUCACGGAUCCUCAAUUUUAGAGAGACAUCACUUGGAAUUUGGAAAAUUCUUGCUCUCUGAAGAGUCGCUGAAUAUAUGUCAGAACCUCAACCGCAGACAGCAUGAGCACAUGAUUCACCUGAUGGAAAUUGCCAUUAUAGCAACAGACCUGGCACUCUACUUCAAAAAGAGAACAAUGUUUCAAAAGAUUGUUGAUGAGUCCAAGACAUACGAUAGCAUGACUGCCUGGACUGAAUACCUAUCCCUGGAGACAACAAAGAAAGAGGUUGUAAUGGCCAUGAUGAUGACUGCCUGUGAUUUGUCAGCAAUCACAAAGCCUUGGGAAGUCCAGAGUAAGGUAGCUCUCCUGGUAGCAGCUGAGUUCUGGGAGCAAGGAGACUUAGAAAUAAGCGUCCUUCAGCAACAGCCUAUUCCCAUGAUGGACAGGAGGAAAGCUGCUGAGCUUCCGAAGCUUCAAGUGGGUUUCAUCGAUUUUGUGUGCACGUUUGUCUAUAAGGAAUUUUCACGUUUCCACGAGGAAAUUCAGCCUAUGCUUGAUGGGCUGCUGAACAACAGAAACGAGUGGAAGACCCGUGCUGAUGAGUAUGAUGCAAAAAUGAAAGCUCUGGAGGAAGAGAAGAAAAAAGAGGAAGAGAAGAUGGCUGCAAAGAAAGGUGGAAUAACCUGUAAUGGAGGAACAGCUCCAGCUUCCAAAACCUGUAGCAUACUUUAGACCUAUUAUCAAUGCAAUAUAUGCCCCAAAAUAAGAAUGUCCAUGAUUUAAAAAUAAAAUUAAAAAACCCAAAUCAUGGCAUAAAAAUACAUUCCUGAUUGGACGUUCUGCUACUUUAAUUAGGCUUAUGACCAACCAGGGAAGGGCUAGAUGUUGUUUGCCUUAAUUGCAUCUCUUCCUGAUGGUGAGGAGCCAGUUCUGUCCUGUCUCUUGCUCCAUUUAAUGCACCUGAUGUCAGAUGGCAUAUGGCAAGUCAGAACAACGUUUGGCCCAAUAAAUCAGGUUGCAUGACUAUGGAAGAGCAUUUCUCCUGCACUGAAACACUUCUUACCCCAAAGCUGAUGGGGCCAGUUGAAUUCAUAUUCUGCUCCAUACAACCCCAUGUGAUUGACAAUGUAUGCAACCAUAGCCCUCAGAGUAGGAAAACUGAAGAAGAGCCAAAUUUAUCAUAUCUAAGCCUGUACCGGUUGGGAUAUCAGAAAGAAAUCUGUGGGUAGGAAUAAAGCAUGAAAACUGACCAUAGUAAACCUCUGAACUGCUCUAAAAAGUUAUGAUUCCAUGUAAAUCCAAAAAACACUCACAGUGAUAAUAGUUCUGCACUCACUUCAAGAAUCUGGAUAGGAUGCUGCUCUAAAGCAUGGAGCCAUUCCUGCAACACCCAGAGGCUGCCAUCUUCAUGAGCAGGAUCCACACUGUGCACUAACUGAGGCUUUGCUCUGUAACAAGUGAUUGUAAGAAGACAGUGUCAUCAUUACCCACUACAGUUCCAGUUCCAGUUACCCAAGCAACCUGAAUCGUGGCAUCUCCUAAAUUUAUUCUGUUUUGCCUCAUAAUGCCAAUGUUAUUUAAUGCAGUCCUCUUCCGUUCAGUACCAACCCUCCUUCCUUUCCUCCUCCUGUUCUGAGAUGUCCAGGUUUUAGAUUCCCCUCCAGACUUUGAAAGAUUGAUGACUUGUACUCUUAUUUCAGAUGAAAGUUAGUUUUCAUGCUUAUUAAUGCAACCAUAUUAGAACAUUCAGUUACACUCUUGUAGCAGUACAGACACCUUUCUCUGCUCCUCUCACUCUCUUUCUCUUUUGUUUUUUAAGUGUUUGGAGAUCUGUUUUGCUGGGGAUUUUCUUCUUCUUCUAUUACUCCUGCUAUCUUCAGUGCUUUUACCCUUCAGUAUCUUGUUUUGCAUUACAAAAAUACUGCCAGUAAAAGGAAAACUAGA